AUGGAUUUUCCUAAUAAAAGAAAAUUAAUCAAACCCAAAAUUUUAUUCAGUAAGAAAGAGACAAAAGCACGCAAAAGGGAUGAUAGUACAGCAUAUUCACAUGUGAAAUCGGAAGAAAGGUCAGGGGGUCGACCAGACGUUCUAGAUGAUGAACAAGAGGUCAAAAAUUCUAAAGUGAAUGCUAACGAAUAUUGUCCUUUUCGAAAAAACAGCAAAUGGAAUGAAAAAGAGAGAAAAGAAACAAGUAAGAGAAGAAACAUUCCAAGGAUAGACAUAGACAAUGGUGAGAGAAACGAAGGAGAAUAUUUGAAACUCAUGAAAAAAGGAGCUGUUAUUGAAAUUACUGUGUUUAAUUGGAUGGUAUUCAGCGGCCCAGUUACACUGAAAGCAAAGGAAGGAAUAAAUCUAAUCGCUGCUGCAAAUGCAAGUGGUAAAUCAUCGCUUGUCUGUGCACUUGUAUUUGGACUUGGAUAUAAUUCUAGCAUAUUAUCCAGAAACAAAGAACUAAUUAAUUAUAUAAAAAAAGGAGAAAAAAAAAGUUUUAUUGAAAUUAAAUUAAAAAAAGACGAUAGAACAAAUACAUGUAUUAAAAGAAUUAUGAAUAUUAUAGAGAAUAAGGUGGAAACAUUUUGGUUCGUUAAUUAUAAAAAAGUGAACUUUACAGAAAUACAAUCUAUUCAAAAAGAAUUUCAUCUAAAUUUGGAUAAUUUAAUAACAUUUAUGCCACAAGAAAAUGUAAGCAAAUUUUCUAGGCUAAGUCCUGAGGAAUUAUUUGAAUGUACUCUUUUAGCAAUUGAUAAAAGUUUAUUAGACAAAUAUAAUUAUUUAAAAAAAUUGAUACAAGAAAAAAAAGAGAGAGAACACGCGAUCCAGUUAUAUGAGCACCAGAUUAAAGAAGAAGAAAAACUCAUAAAAGAUUUAGAAGAAAAAAAAGGGAAGUUUGAGAAUUUAAAAAAGCUUUUAGCAAAAGUUAAAACCUAUAGAGUGAAAAAAUCCAUUAUUGCAAUUAACAUGAAAAAGGAAGAAUUAGCAAAUGUAAAAGAAAAAAUUGACAAUUUAAUGAAAGACAAAGAUGAACAUUUCGAAACAUUAAAGCAGUACUUGUCCGAAUUGGAAAAGUGUCACAAGGUAAUAAAUAAUUUAACCAUGAAACAUUAUUGCGAAAAAAAAAAAAUCAAAGAUGCAACAAAUAGAUAUGUCAAAAUGAAUGUUCAACUAGAAGAAAUAGAAGUUGAAAUUGUCAAUGAGGAAAAAAUUAUGGAAGACACUGUCCAACAUAUGUAUGAAAAUAUGGAAUAUAUCAAAAAUUUGGAUAAGAAGAGAAAAAACAUUCAGGAAGAGAUGGAAAAAAUAGAGGAAUUUUUCAGGGAAAAGCUUCCUCCACUGGGAAUAGAAAAAUACACAAACAGUAGUAGUCUACAAGUAGCAGAAGAAAAAAAAAUAGAAACAGAACUAAAUGAUUUGACAAAUAAAAAUAAACAAUUUUUAAUGAGAAAAUAUGCACUACAAACAGAAUAUGCAUCUCUAGUGGAAAAGCUAAGAAAAAGACAAAAUUAUGAAAAUAUACAAGAGGAAAAGUUCUUGAACAAUAUCGAAUUUGCACUUCGAGAACGGAUUAUGAAUUACAAAAGGAAUAUAAAAAAUAUUGUGCAAACACAUGAACUUUUAAGCGAAUCAGUAUUAGAAAACAUCAAAAAAAAGUAUGAUGAAUCAAAAAUUACAAGUAAGAAUGAUAUGAAUGGAGAAAUUAUUGAUGAAUUGUCCAAGAGGAACAUUAUUUAUGGGCCCCUUUGCAGGUACAUCAAAUGUAUCAAACCACAAUUCGAUUAUGUUUUAGAAUUUUCCCUCAGAAAAUAUUUCAACAGUUUUUUAUUAAUCGAAAAGGAAAAUACAGCACUACUUGAGGCGCUAUACAAACAGUACAAAUUAUCAGUUAUUACCAUGUCGAAGGAGAAUCAUAAAUUUUGUUGUGUCACGAAUGAAAUGAAGGAAAGAGGUGUUGAAUGUUUCAUAUAUGAACUUUUUGAAAGUCCAAAAAUUAUAAAAAAUGGAUUGAUUAAUUUCAUUCCUAUUAAUGUUUCUUUUAUAGUUCGCGAAGGAACAUUCAAAAACAAAACCACUAAAGAUAUAAACGAAUUUAACAAUUUUAUGUUGCUCGAAAUUUCAAAGCAGAUAAAUGAGAGAGUGGGAAGUUUACUGUAUUUUUGUGAAAAUAAUGUUCAUCGAUAUAGAAUAAGCACAUAUGAUCAAAAUGUGUAUAUGGAUAACUUUUCCUAUAUUGAUAAGAGAUGCAAAAUUUUAUAUCACAUUAGUCAUGAAGUAAAAAAAGACAUUCAGAAAUUAGAAGAGAGAAAAAAAGAAUGCGAAUCAGAGUUACAAAUAUUGAAAAGUCGAAUGGAGGAAUUAGAUUUACUUAAAAAGAGAAAGAAUGAUGAAUAUAAUAAAAUCAUUUUAUUAAAAAACGAAAUUAAUAUUAAGAGAAAAAAAAAAAUUAUCCUUCAAAAAGAGUUAAAAAAUGUACAUGAACAUUUGAACCUCUAUUUGAAGGGUGAACAGCUAAUAGAUGAAAAGAAAAAUGCCAUAACAAAAUGCAUUAACCAAUUAAACGAGAAGAAAAUAAAAAUUUGUAACGAUUAUUUCGAUUUGUUAAAAAGACAUAAAAUGAAUGAUAUCGAAGCACUUACCAUUUGGCGUAGACUUUCACAAUGGAAAAGAUAUCUAUCUCUUAUCAAAAGUGAAAAUGUAGAAAAUGAAAAAAAGCAUCAACUCUUCAAAAAUCAAAUAGAGAUAGAAAAAACCAAAUAUUCUCUACUCACACAUGAUUUAACCGAAUUAGAAGAACUUUUAAAAGUGCAAAAAGCAGAACUCACCAAAGAGGAGGUAAAAUCAUUGAAGGAUAUCAAUAUAUCUCUGGAACAAAUAGAUAACAUAUUGCAAGAGUGCUCCAUUCAACAAAGAAUUUAUAAUAAUUUAGAUAAAAGUGAGGAAAAAUAUAAUAUCUUAGCAUCAUCUAUAGAGAGACACAAUGAAAAUGUAAAGAAAAAAAAAGAAGAAAUGGACAAUUUGAAGAAAUUAAUGCAGUUUAAUAAUGAACAAAUACAAUUCAUUUUACCAAGUUGGGUGAACCAGAUUAAUGAAUGUAUCAUUUUUCUAAAUCAUAACUUGGAAAAAUUUAUGAACUUUAUAAAUUCAGAUUAUAGUGCAAAAAUCGAACUUGCAAAAAAAAAUGAUUUAUUUGAAAAAUGCCAAUUAUUUAUCAAAGUAAAAUUUAAAAAAAAUGCACCCUUCUUACUCCUAUCCGUUUCACAUCAAUCUGGAGGAGAACGUUCGUUAACCACCAUGUUAUACAUUUUAUCAAUUCAAAAGUUAACCAAAAAUGGAUUCUAUGUGUUGGACGAAUUAAAUCAGGGACUUGACAACACCAAUGAAAAAAAAAUAUUUGAACUCCUUUCCUGUCUUUCCAACCCUUCCAUGUAUAAGCAGCAUUUCAUGCAUCACUAUGAUUACAAGUAUAUUCAAAUUGAUUACCAUUCAAAACCGCAGUACUUUAUUUUGACACCACAAAUAAUUAGAGACAUAUUUUUUAAGGGCAUCACAGUGCAUUACUUGUUCAACGGAUUCGGGGUGCUUUCCAACCAGUUUGACACACUAAGCACUGUCUAA